AUGAACGUUGAGAUCGAGCAUGUUCAAUUGGAACUUAUUAAGGAGAUUCAGAACAAUAUAUGUUCUCUAAGAGUGCAGUCAAACCAGUUGUGUUUUGCCCUGAAAUCAGGGUUGCUGUUUCUGAUAGAUUUAGAUGUACCUUCUGAUGUUUCCAGAUGCCAAGUACCGUUGAUAAGUAGUGGUAAUAGUGUUGAGAAAUUAAUCACUAUGUGGAUGAGUCCCAAUGGGAAACUCCUUCUCCUAAAGACUAAUUUUGCUAGGUAUUAUCUUUGCAAUGUGGAUAUUAUAAGGCAGCAACAACAGAAACAGCAGAAACAACAAAAACAAGACGCUUUGGAUGGAAUCCACACAUUGAAAAAAUUGGGCAAAAAAGGUUCUGAUGUGAAGUUUGUAGAGUGGUUUGAAAACGAUAGAUUUUUAUGUGGUGAUGCUAGCGGACAAGUAUUGGAUGUGGAAAUCAACGAUAAGCACGGUAAACAACGAAGUGACGCUGAAGUUCAUGUAGUUUGUCAAUCGAAUAAACCUAUCGAUGGUAUAUUUUGGAAUUCCACGACUGAAAAAAUCAUAAUUGUAUCGGGAAAUAAGAUAAUGCUGUGGGAUAAUGUCAAGAGUUUAAGGCAUCUUAGAGAACCUUCAGAAAUUGAGCAAUUUGAGCACCUGCCUAGAGACAAUGGAAACAGAUUUACCUCUUUCCAAGAGACUGAAACCUUCUCUUGGGUUACAAAACCAGGCGUUGUGUUUGGUAAGUUGGGCGGUAAUCAAAAUAUUUUGAAUAACGCUAAAGUUUUGUUGACAGUAGAACUGCCGGAAUCAACUCAUGACAUCAAAGACAUAAUUUUAACAGAAUUCCAUAUUGUUUUGCUUAGAGGAGCAACUAUUUUGAUAAUCAACCAGUUGAACAAUGCUGUGGUCUUUGAAGAAUCGAUCUGGACUCAAAAAUCUGAAAAAAUGAUAGGCUUGACGGCUGAUUAUUCACAGAAUCCCCCCACCUUUUGGUGCUUUUCCAGUUCUAAUAUCUACGAGAUCAUUUUGCAUGAUGAAGCAAAGGCAGUUUGGAGGCUUAUGUGUGAACAAAGAGAAUAUGAUAGAGCUUUGCAGUUGAAAGGUUUGACAGGAUGGGAAAGGGAAAAUAUUUACUAUAAAAAGGGUCUUCACCUACUAAAAGAUCAAUCCGAACCAUUGAAGGCUGCGGAAUCGCUAGGUGAGGCAGAUUGUGUUAGUGUAGGUUCAGUAGCACUUCAAUUCAUGCAACCGCCAGGAGAUAUUGAGCCCUUGCAAAUCUACUUAACAAGUAAACUGAAUAAACUAGACUCCAAGAACCAAAUGCAAAGGAUACUGUUAUCGAGUUGGGUUGUGUGGAACUAUAUGAGGCAGCUGAACGAGAUUGAGGAGGAAAUAAAUGGAGAACGCCAUCUGGAUGAUGUUAAACAUUUGAAUGACCAAAAACACCUUCUGGGAACUCAAUUGCAUGUAUUCUUAAAGAGCCAUUUGGAUUGUCUCGAUAAGAAGACCGUAUACCAGAUAAUAUCCAAACAGAAUAGGGAUCAAGAUUUGUUAUAUUUUGGCAAACUGGUAAAGGAUUACGAAUUUGUUCUUUCACAUUGGAUAAGACAAGCAAAUUGGUUUGAAGCUCUUAAUGUUUUGCUAACCAUGCAAGACCCGGAGAGUGCAUAUACUUAUGCCAGUGUUCUUCUUGUCAAUGCACCGGAGGAAACCAUUCAUGUGUGGAUGAAGAUGACAAAUCUGAAUCCAGUAGAAUUAAUUCCCUCUUUAUUGACUUAUUUUACCAGUUAUCAGAGGCAAGCUCGAAAGAAUAAAAGGAAUUAUGCCCUAGUUUAUCUGAACUGGUGUGUUGAUGAGCACGAAUAUGAAGAUCCUAUUCUUUACAACACUGCGUUGUACAUGUUAAUUACUGAUAACGACGAAGACAAUGAGCACCAUGGAUUACGUGUCAUUGAAUUCUUGGAUAGCCAUAGGGACAAGUACGAUUCUAAUUUUGUCCUGAGGUUAAGUAUCAAAUUUCACAAAGUAAGAGUUUCCAUCUAUCUCUACACACAAUUGAAGUUAUACAAAGACGCAGUGGAUUUAGCGUUGAGUAGGCAAAUGAUUGAUGCCGCGAAGCAAGUGGUGGAAACUUCAGAACUGGAUUCUAAUGUGAAGUUGAAGAAAUCGCUGUGGAGAGAGAUUGCAAAGGCAAUGCUUUACAGAGACAACGGUAAUCAAGACAUCAAACACACUGUGAGAUGUAUCAUAAGUGAAUCGCAUGAGCUGCUUGAAAUCAAAGAUUUGCUACCCCUACUGGAUGAAUUUACUACGAUUGCCAACUUAAAGGAUGAACUGAUUAGAAGUUUGGAGAAACAUGGUCAGUCCAUGUCACGCAUUUCCACUCAAAUUCAACAAUCUCUGAGAAUGAAGAAAGAUAUUGCCGUUGAAAUUGAAACGUUUAAGGAAAGGUACAGAACCUUAGAACCUGGAAUCUCAUGUAGUAGCUGUGAGAAGCUCUUGCAGACCAGAAAGUUUUUGGUUUUUCCCUGUGGCCAUUGUUUCCAUACCGAUUGUUUGAUUAAAGCAAUUCUCAAUUCCAACGAUUACAAUUUUAAGAGCUUGAUUGUUAAUUUCCAACGUCGUUUAGCCAAAGAUCGCAACUCCGUGAAACCGCAAGAGCUUGAAUUGAUCAUCACAAGGAAAUGUUGUCUCUGUAGCGAUAUCAACAUCAAUACCAUUGAUGACUACAUUAAUAUAGAUGAAAAUGAAGCUGCAAAAUGGGAAAUAUAA